AUGGAAAAUGAAACUAAGAAAGGCAAGCAAAAAAUUGAAAUGAAGCUCAUCAAGUCUGAGAGAGCAUGUGCUGUGAGUUUCUCGAAAAGAAAAAAAACUUUGUUUGAUGAUGCAAAAAAGUUUGCAACUCAAAAUGGGGCAGAUGUUGGUGUGAUGCUCUUUUCACCAGGUGGAAAACCAUAUUGCUAUGGUUCUACAAGUGUAGAAGAUAUAAUUGAAAAUUUUCUCAAAAUGAAAGUAGAGGAAAAAUCAAAUGGUUUUGAGAAAUUGAAAGAUCUCCAUAAAGAAUUGGAAACAUGUAACGAGAAAGAAAAAAAACGAGUAUUAAUGCAUAGGAUUCUGAACCCUGGCUUAGAAAUACCUCAAGAUAAACAUAUGGAGGAGCAGAAGUUGGCAUUGAAGUUGCGGGUAGAGAAGAUUAAAAAAGAAACACAAAAUUCUAUUUUGAUGGAGCACCUAAAAUUCGAUUUAAAUGUUGCCCCUGAGCCACAAGAUGAGGAGUAA